UUAUAAUUCUCUCUCUGCCAUAAUUUACAAUAUCCCAAAUGAAUCAAAACCUCUGCAUCCUCAUUUUGAUGUUUCUCCUCCUAACAGAAGCCUCAUUUGCUCUGGACUUUUACUACCAAAACUGCAGUGUGCCCGUAAGUUGUGGCCGCCAAAACAUUAGCUAUCCAUUCUACAUCCAAGGCAGGCAAGAAUCCUUCUGUGGCUACCCUGGCUUCCAGCUCUCUUGCCAUGGAGAUGGUGAAGAUGCCUACCCACUUCUCCAAUUGUCUGGUAACAAUUACACCAUCCACAACAUCGAUUACCAAAGAAAGUCUCUUCUUGUCUCAAAUUCUCUGCUUUCAGGCUACUUAGAAAGCACUGCUUGUAACGAUGAUAUUUCAUCACUCCAUAACUUAACCCUUCCCAAUGAUCAGUUCGAGUUGGCUUCAAACCAAGCUGACUUCUUUUUGCUCUACAAUUGCAACUCUUCUGUGGUUGAGUCAUUUCCAAAGUACAAAGUCGGUUGCUUUGAUCAGCCAACUAACAAAACCAGAAGUGAUACUUCAGUUCUGGCUCUACCUCGGGAUGAAUAUCCAAAUUUUGGAAGUGACAAGUGUAGAGGAGAAGUGGUGGUGGCUCAUGCUAGAGGAGGGUAUGAGAAUGGUGAGGUGGGAUUAAUACAAGAGGUUUUGAGCAGAGGGUUUGAGCUGAAUUGGUUUGCUAGUGACUGCAGCCGCUGCCAAGACAGUGGAGGGAGGUGCGGCUUCAAUUACACAACCUACCAUUUUAGGUGUCUCUGCCCAAGGAGGACUCAUUCUGUGCGCUGCCGGGAUGAUGAAGGAAAUAAUUUGAGAAGAUUCAAGAUAGGACUAGUUGCUGCAGUUGCUGCCAUUGUGGCUCUAGGGGCUAUUGUUUGCUGUUUAUUUUGGAAUAAUCGAAGAAAAAAUCGUCAAAUUGUUGAGGCAUUUCUAAGGAGCUAUGAGGCACUUCAAGUUAGAAGAUAUCGCUAUUUGGAUGUUAAGAAAAUGACCAACUCCUUCAAAGAAAAAUUAGGACAGGGGGGAUAUGGUAGCGUGUACAAAGGAAAAUUAAACAACGGCUGUCUAGUAGCAGUGAAGGUCUUGAACAAAUUAAAAGGGAACGGAGAAGAAUUUAUGAAUGAGGUGGCAGCCAUUAGCAGAACUUCCCAUGUCAACAUUGUCUCCUUGUUGGGCUUUUGUUUUGAGGGUUCGAAAAGAGCUCUCAUCUAUGAAUUCAUGCCUAAUGGAUCACUUGAGAAGUUCAUAUUUGAUGCAAAUACCCCGAACAAAAAUCAUCACUUGGGAUGGGAAGCAUUGGAUCGAAUUGCACUUGGCAUUGCUCGAGGGUUGGAGUAUUUACAUCGGGGUUGCAAUGCAAGAAUUCUGCAUUUUGACAUCAAGCCUCAUAACAUUCUUCUUGAUGAAAAUUUCACACCAAAAGUCUCUGAUUUUGGCCUUGCUAAGAUAUGCAACAUGAAAGAGAGCAUUGUGUCAAUGGCGUGUGCAAGAGGCACUGCUGGCUACAUUGCUCCAGAAGUAUUCUGUAGGAAUUUUGGAGGGGUCUCACACAAGUCAGAUGUAUAUAGCUAUGGGAUGAUGCUUUCGGAGAUGGUUGGAGGAAGAAGGAACAUCAAUGCCGAAGCUGAAGAUACAAGUGAAAUAUAUUUUCCACACUGGAUUUACAAGCGUUUGGAACUUGAUGAAGAACUUGGUCUGCCGAGCAUAAUGAAUGAGGAAGACAAAGUAAGAGCAAGGAAGAUGAUAAUAGUGAGCUUGUGGUGCAUACAAACAGACCCUUCAAACAGGCCAGCGAUGAAACAAGUGAUAGAUAUGUUGGAAGGCAGCGUUGAUUGCUUGCAGAUACCACCGAAGCCUUACUUGUCUUCUCCACCAAAGUCCGCCGUAGGUUCUUCUACUGCUACAUUGGUCUCAACACAAUAGAACGUACCCUGCAUUUUACUUGAACACAUUUAUGUUUCUGAAUAAUGGAACAAGUUUGCAGAGAACUGUAUGAUUAUGAACUUUAUCAUCAGGUUUGGACUAUAAUGAAUGCAAGGCUUUAUCUUUUUAUUAUUA